GCAGAGACAACUACGCCCGACCGUCCGCAGUGGUCUCGACCCAUGUGUUCGUACUGUCUGGUUGGAAACAAACUUAUAUACUUUCUACUGUAAUUUAUAAUUUAUUUUUAAUGUUUCAAACUCUUUAAAUUGUAAAAAAUAUACUCUUUGAAUGAUGCAUUAUUUUCGGUAAACCCCAUGACGCGACAACUUGGAUGUAACAUGGAAAUCCCUAGGUGUGUUUCCGAGUUCCGGUAGUAUUAGCGGAAGUAACGCUUUAACGGAAUCAGUGCUGCCAAAAGGUCGAGGAUGCAGACGAAAUAUAGGACAGGGUGGUUGGUGGUGGUGGUUUGUUUUUGUGGAGUGGUAGCUGCCCCUAGUAGAAGAAGGAUACCAUUUUCAGAUAAUACGCUAAGGUACCUGAUGAACUUCGGGUAUCUGCCCGCCUCGGACAUGGAGACCGGCAACCUGAGGACGGACGACCAACUCAAGGAGGCGAUACGCAACCUACAGAUGUUCGCUAACAUCACAGUGACGGGGGAGGUUGACAAUGCCACCCGGGGAUUGAUGAGGAGGCGACGAUGUGGAGUCAGCGAUCUGCCUGACCCUGGUUCAAGGAAGAGAAGGUUCGCCAUACACACAGGACCGCGGUGGGACCAUACCGACCUUACCUGGAGCCUGAGAACUCGCCAUGUUGAGCUGGACCAUGGUCAGUUGAGGCGGGAACUCCACCAGGCAUUGGCAGUGUGGUCCAGAGACUCCAACCUCACCUUCCGAGAAGUCAACUCAGACCAUGCAGAUAUCCUUGUUAAGUUUCACAGGGGAGAGCAUGGGGAUGGCUACGCUUUUGAUGGUCCAGGCCGCAUACUGGCACACGCAUUCUUCCCUGGGGAGGAGAGGGGUGGAGAUGUCCAUUUUGACGAGGAGGAAACUUGGCUUCUGGAGUAUGAGAACAAAGAGGAUGUGGAUGGCACCCAUGUGUUCAUGGUGGCUGUGCAUGAGUUUGGCCACUCACUUGGCUUGUCUCACUCAAGUGAUCCGACUUCUCUCAUGUUCCCUUGGUACCAGACUCUCAGCAGCGUUGGAACAUUCACCUUACCUGAUGAUGAUCGACGAGGCAUCCAACAACUCUAUGGAGCCAAAAACCGAUGGGCUAAAAUUCCUACAUACAAGCCAAAUAUGGAAGGCCAGCAACCCUUCAGACCACCGUACAGACCUACCAAAACCCCCAACACUGCUGCCACCACUCCAGCUUCAGCGGUACCAACCUUCAAAAUCAGUAGUACCACUACGACACACCGACCGCACCACAGACACCACCACCCUACCUCCACUGCACCUGGCAAACCUGAUACUUGCGACACCAGCUUUGACGCAGUCGCUGUUAUCAGAAAAGAGACCUUUUUCUUCAAAGGAGAAUACAUGUGGAGGCUAGGUGACAAGGGGCUGAUGGAAGGAUACCCAGCUCCAAUCACUCACCUGUGGAAGGAACUGCCUCGGAACCUGACUCAUGUGGAUGCCGUCUACGAACGUCUUGACAAGAAAAUCGUCUUCUUUGUUGGACGAGAGAUGUACGUUUUUGAUGGUAACCGCCUGGAGACGGGAUACCCUCGUCCACUGCAGUCCCUAGGUUUACCUUCCACAGUGGAUCACAUAGAUGCUGCGAUGGUCUGGGGAUACAACAGUCGUACCUACUUCUACAGCGGAAACAUCUACUGGAGGUUUGAUGAGGAAGAGAAGCACAUAGAGCUGGACUACCCAAGAGAAAUAACCACAAUGUGGAAGGGGAUGGGCUCACAUUUCGAUGCAGUAUUCCAAUGGAAAGAUGGAAAAACAUACUUCUUCAAAGGAAAGGGUUUUUGGCGACUGAACGACAUAAGAAUGCGAGCUGAAAGCGAACAACCAAUUCCUUCUGCUCCGUUUUGGUUUGGUUGUCCAAAUUUCACCCUAGAUAUGAAUCCCACUAAACUGCCCAAAUUCUGGGGCAAAAAGUGGCAUGAAACAACACAAAAAGGUGAAAACAGUCCCUAUUCUUCCAAGGCUUCUUUCUUGUCUUUCAAUAUCUACUUGUGUGCUGUUAUAUUAUUUUACCACCUACUUCCAAGGUGAAAUAUGUUAAUAAGUUAGCUUUAUUUAUUAAUUUUUGUAUUACAGCUUUACUAUAUCACAUUAUACUAAGUUAUAUGUAAAUGUAAAUUUGUACUUACAAAAGCAACUUUUAAAACCAGUUACUUUUUUGAAAGCAGUGCAAUGUGUAUGCACCUAUUCACUGCCCAAUGUGAUUUGUAGGGUCUUAUGAAAUAAACAAUUGGAAGUUAAUAUCAAAUAUAAAGUUGUAUAUAAUUUAUGUUUUAUACUUAUUUUUAGGGCCUAUUAUCAUUAUGUUUAAGUACUGGUAUACAAAGAUGAUAAUUUUGUUUAAAGUUUACACCAAAAUGUAAGGUUUUGAUUUUUGAUGUCUGAGCUAUCCUUAAAAUACAAAUUGACUAAAUAUUAGAUUUAAUAAAAGAUCUCAUACCACAUAUUUAACUACUACUACAACAGCAGUAGGUUGUAUGAUACUAAUGUCAAUUAAGUUUGUUUGAUUUCUUGUUUUAAAACAAUUUUUAUAGUAAAUUGUUUAAAUUCUUAGUUUUAAAAGACAUUAAAAUCCUCCUUAUGGUUUAAGGUAACAUCUUUUUAACAUUAUUUUAACAAAUAAUUCUCAAUCCAAGACUAAAAUAUGAUUUUCCUAUAAGUAUGGUACUACUUAAUUUAAUUCAAUUUUAUACCAUAUAAUUUGCAAAUCUUGUCUAUUUUAUCAAAUCAUAGGGUAUGGUACCAUUUUCAAUAUUCAUGGAAACAUGCUGAUGCUAUUAAGAGUUAUUUAUUUGUACACAAAGCUCUGAUACGAUCCACAGUUAUGUGAGUAUCCUGUAUCUACAUAAUUCAUAAGGCAAUAUUAAAAAAAUAAUAUUAAAUAAUUCUCUGGCCUUGUUUUUUUUCUUUUCUUCAGACAUUAUAUCCAAAUUGAUUAAAUAUCAAGUUAUGAAAAACAUUUUAAGAACAACUCAUAAUAGAGGUUCUACAUUGGAGUGUAUUCUAUAAUAUAAACAAAACAAAAUAACUUAUUGAUAGAAUUAUCCAACUUGUAAAUUCUGCAGUAAAUUUGCUUGUGUGUGAUCUUGUUGUGUGAUUGUCUUGGCACACCGCAAGUGGUCUUACCUAAUUGAGUGAAUGUCCAUUCAAAAGACUGACUUUUGACUGAUUUUUUAGCGACUUUGAUGAAGAAAAUGUAUUCCUGUUGAUAACAUACAAACUUCCUCCGUUUUCAGUUUUUGUUGUAUAAAACUGUCUUUAUCAUAUUUUUCAUGAUAUCCACAAGUUUUGUACUUAUCAAUUCUAUUUUACGUGUAAUAUUUUGUAUCAUGUAAAUGUAUUGGCUCAGUAAGGUUGGUGUAUGUCUGGUAAGAUCACAAAAACACUGAUCUUUCACACUAAUUUACAAUUUUAGUUUGUUGAGUAGAGUGAUGUUAUCUAUUUUUACAUCAAGUAUAUUCCCUGACACAGUACUUUUGUUUUAUUACUGGUGUACAUUUUGUAGUCAUCCAACCUGAUCUGUUUCAUACUUGACGUUCUGAUUCAAUACAUUUUGCACCUCUCAAAAACACAUUUCAACAAACUGUUGUCAACAGGAAAAAGAUUUUAUCAAGCGUAUAAAGUAAGUUUGGAGGAUAUUUUUGAAAAAAGUAUUGUUAGACGGUUUUUAAUGGGUAUAAAUAAUGCUACCAACGUUGUAAAAAUGUAAAAAUAACAAUCUACUGCCAUCAUAUAGUGUCAAGUAGCCUAACCAUAUGUAGUAGUUUUGUGUGUUAAAUGUGUCAUCUUGUAAUAUAGUCUAAGAUAUAUAUCCAUUAUAAGUAUUGUUACAUUUAUAUUUUUAGCACUUUUCUAUAAAUCUUGUGAUAUGUGAUUUACACAUCUAUUAUAUUUUUAAGGUGACUUGUGUAAAAAAAUAUUUAUGUACAUUUUUUACAAGGAACUAUGCAACGCAUUGUGUUUAUUUAAAAUAUACAAAUUAU